AUGAAACUUUAAUUCCCCUUAAGAUUAGAAAAUCCAUUUUUCAUCUAUAAUGCUUAAGAAGAUGAAUUCUAAUAAGUAGAAAGAUUUGCUUUUAAAACUCCUAAAGUCAUGAAACCCAAUAUAGAUAAUUUAAUUGAUUGGGAAGUUUAUUAAAUCAGUUGUAUUGAGCCUGAAGAAACAGAUUUAGAAAGCAUUUUCUCAAUUUACAUUGACUAGAACAGAACAAUUCAUAGAAAAAAUAAUCUAUAGUAUUUAAUUGGAAAAUAUAAUAUCAAUUGGACAAAUCCUUUUAUAAUGCAAAAUUAUGAUUACCUUUUUGUAAUAGAAGAAGGUUUAAUUAAUAUAAUUGCUUUUGAAAAAUAAGAAGCCCUAAAUGAAAUAUUUGGAUUCAUUUUGGGAUAAGUUGUAUAUUCACCUAGAUAUUCAGAAAUUGGUAUUCGUUUAUAAAUAGAUAAUACUUUGGAUUGGAUAUGUUAUGUUUCUUUCAAGAAAAUAAUUCAAUUAAUUGGUUUGAUAAAUAAUAUUGAAUAUGAAUCAAUGUUUGAGUUAACUAAAAAAGUUCUAUAAAUUAAAUAGAUUCAGCUUAAUAAUUAGGAUAUCUAAUCAAUAGUUUAUAAGACUAUUAUAACAACAGGUUUAUUUCCUUAUUAAUGUUAACUAAAUACUAUGGAUGAUUUUUUACAUAAAAGUAAGCCGGUAAUGUUUUUAUUCAAUUUAAUGGGUUCUGCAGUUGUCCCUUGGAGCCCAAAAUAUCAUGCAUGUUUAUGUAAAUUCUAUUAUAAUCAUUAGCUAUUGGAAAUAUUCGUUAUAGCUAUGUUGAUUCAUCAUUAUUUUUACUUCAAACAGUAAGGGGACGAACUUUCAGGAAUUUGGAUUAUAUUAGUUUAAAAAUGCUUGAUUUUUUUCCUUUGAAUUCUUGGGUAGAAUCAAUCGGUAAUUUUUUUAUUGAAAACUUUACCCAAAUUUUAAAUAUAAUAAAAGAUAAAAUACCUUCAUUAAGAGUAGAACUUAACAAAAUUAAAUUUAAAUAAUCAGGAAGUGAAGAAAGCAGUUCUUUUAAAAGCCUUGAGAAACCACUUCUUGAAGAAACUGAAUUUACGUAUAAUUUAUUUUAGCUUUAGGGAAUAGUAACAGAUUGAUAAAGAAUAUCUUAAAUUAUUCAAGAAUCUAAUUAAAAAUUCUAUUUAAGAUAUUUCUUAUGAAAAGACCAUUUAUGGAUUUACAAAAAAAUUUUCUAAGAUAACUGAGAUUAAGGAUUAAAUUACUAAAGAAUUUUAUGAUAAUUAUCAAUCAGAAUUAAAUCGAUCAAAUAUUCUUGACCAUGCUAUUUCAAUCAUAACAGAGACUGAAAUGGAAGGCUAUUCUUUAUUUACAAAUAAUUGUUAAACACCUUUAUCUGCUUUUAUUUAUAAAGUAUGUGAAACAUUUCGUCCAUAUUAAGAGAUAUUAAAAUAGAAAAAGAAAUUAACAAAUGCUAAUUUAGUAAUUAGAAAAUCAGUAAAUAGUUUGAAAAUUGAAAAUAAUAAUGAAGAUAGAGAUAUUCACAAUUUAAAAUGGAUAAAAACUUAUUGUAAAUAUGCAUCAGUAUUUGAUUUGGCUAUGCUAUCUUAAUAAUUUAUUCUGCCUGCAUAAUUAACUCAUAGUUUAGAUUAUUUUGGUUAUUAUAGUGAUAAAUUAUCAUAAGAAUUCUUAAAUGAUAUAAGAAAAUGGAAUACGAAUGUAGAUGAUUUUCAUAAGUCUCAUCAUCAUGAAAGAGCUUUUUCAACAUAAAAACAUUGUAAAAGAAAACCUGAAUAAUAGAUCAAAGCUUUUGAAAGUCUAGUAGAUGAAGGAAUCAAAGUUGGUCUAUUUUAAUAUUUGAAUAUCAAAAUGAAAAAUUUAGUUGAUGAAAUAAAAAUUUUAUAAUUAUUUUCAAAAUUAGAUUUUGAAUAACAUGAAGAUCUAAAACUUGAUUUACAUUAUUUAAUGUAACAUUAUGAAAUAUAGAUUAUUAAUACUAAGAAACCUAAGAAUAAAAAUAAAUAAUUAUAAUUAAAACAUAGAUUAUAAAUUUAUUUAGACACAGUUACUUAUCUAUACUACAAUUCCAUCAGAUUGUAAUUGAAUUUAAAAGAAAGAGAAAAUACAUUAAGUCAAAUAGGAUUUGUAAUUGUUAAAAGUGAAAAUAAAGUAGAGAAAGGAUAACCAACAAAUAUUGAUUUAUAAAUUAUCGUAUGA